AUGAGGCCAAUCUACCCAACCUUAGACGUCUCUUCGUGGAAUCCAGAACAGAAGCUGAGGAAAACGAGUAUUCCAGAAACGCAGUAUGUGGAUAUUCUUGCUUCUAUACAUCAGACAUUCUUCUACAACCUGGUACUCUUCAUCUCCUCGGUCGCUGUCUUCAGUCUGGUUGCCCAACGCAUGGGGGGCGCAAAGCCAAGCAAAUGA